UCCUCCAAGAAAGUGCGUUAGGGUUUGGAACAUGGAGGAUUCGGUUUUGGCGGAGGUUAACGUUCGUCCUCUUAAGAUACCGAAAUAUCACGGAGCUUUCGAAGGAUCAUCGAAAUCAGUUAACAAAAAGCGCGAUCUCAAGUACAGAAAAUUGGGAGACGAUGAAUAUUUGAGGCAGUACUUGCAGUUUUACUAUCAGUUCCAGAAAUCUGAGGGUUUCGCGGUUGAAUGGGAUCAAUUUGAUUACGCCUUCCACACUAGAUCGUUGGACAAUCCACCACGAGGUUUUUGCACUACACGAAGCCCUGCCGAGUUGGUUCGUGAGGUGACACUCCUUACCAUAGAGAAACAAAACGAAGCUAAGGGAACAAAACUCGUGUUGGUGGAGCACAUUCAGGCGAAUUUCCAAUUUGCUAAUGGUCUUUUGUGCUGGCUGUCAUUCUGGGCUAUGGAUAUGAAUUCAUCAUCCACCCCUGAGUCCAAAAUCUAUCAAGCUAAACUGUGGAAACGCGGAAAAGAGCUUGAACUUCACCUUUUCAAGCUCAAGCCGACAGAGGAAGAGAUUGUUUCUAUUGAAGUGCAGCCUCCUUCUCCCAUGCAAUGUGAAGACUCUGAGGAAAUAGCUGUAGUGUUUGCCCGAGCUGGUCCUGAAGAUGAUCCUGGAGUUCCCUUUGUUUUCCAUCGAACUGGAGUUGAUCCUGGAGAGUGGCCUGGAGCUAGGAAAUACAAAAACAAGCAUGUUCCUAAUAUUGAUCUUUUUGAGGAAGAGUUUGGUGCCAUUACUGUCACUGGGGCAGAAGGGUGGAGUGCUCAGCAAGGAGAAGCUAGCUUAGAUUCCAGAGUGAGUGGAAACAAUGAUGAGGAAGACGACUGUACAGAUAUGCCACCACCAGUUGGGGAUAUACAAAAAAAAAAUGGAGGUUCAAGAUCAAAAAGGAAGAGGAAGGAAGUUGAUCCGAGUACUGAAAAUGCUGCUAGAUGUAAUGUGAUUCUUGAUGAGAAGAAUCAACUGAUGGGAAAAAUGAUCUUACUGAUGGAGCGUGAGAACUUACGUAGCGGAGAGCGUUGUAUGGAGAUCCUUAAUGAUUUGCCUGGAAUGAUUAGAUGGAUGUGGUUGAAUGAUGAUGAUGAUGAUGAUGAUGAUGAUGAUGAUGAACGUGAUUUGUCGAAUACUCACAGAGUGAUUCAAAGGACUGAUAGAGGUGCAGGAUGGCGUCAUGUUCAACAACUGAUGCAUGGAUCAGAUUAG